UUAGCACCGUCAGUGACGGUCACUUUGUAUUUCUCUCUCUAGAUAUCUCCAUAUUCCUCCCACCGAACACUCUCUCAUCCACCCCCCACCCCCCUCUCUUUCUCUCUCUCUCUCUCUCUCUCUCCUCGCUCAUUUCCAUCGCCAUCAUACUCAUCCAGCUCACACCUUCUUGAGCUAUCUUGAACAAUUUAGCCAUGGAUGUUCUUGCAGUGAUGGUGCUGUUCUUGAGCUUUGUGUAUCAUUCAGAUGCAUCAUAUUGUGUGUGCAACAAUGGGGUGAGUGACAGUGUUCUUCAGAAGAACAUAGAUUUUGCUUGUGGGGCUGGGGCUGAUUGCACUCCAAUCCAACAAAAUGGAGCUUGUUUCAACCCUAACACCGUCAAGGAUCACUGCAAUUAUGCUGUCAACAGUUAUUACCAGAAGAAAGGCCAGGCUCCUGGCAGCUGUGAUUUUCAGAGCACUGCCACUGUUACUCCAAACCCCCCAAGUGCAGGUUCUGGAUGUGUGUUUCAGUCCAAUCCUAGCACCGGAGGCGCCACCACCACACCCCCAACCACCCCUACCAUUGGAGGCACUCCGACUACUCCCACCACCCCCACCACCGGUGGAGGCAUGCCCACCACCCCAACCACAGGCGGCGGCACCACCAACACCCCUGGGACCACAGUUCCGGGCACGUCGACGAAUCCAGGUUUUGGCGUCGGUCCAACGACAGGAGGUGGAUUCGGCACUCCAGACAGCAGUGGCGCCGGUGGGAUGAUUUUACUUUCUAAAACCAGCUCGGCUACGGUGUUUUCGAUCGCAGCUGCUCUUCUAGCUUCGAAUUUCAUGUGAUCGAUGUCGUAAGUCGACGGGAGGGAUCGAAAACAAGAAAUGCAAGAAGGGAUGGAAUGCAUUGGGCUAAGGAUGUAGUGAUGUUUCGCAUUGUAGAUUUCAUGGGACCUUUGUGUAUUUAUCCUAUUCUGCAGUGAGAUAAAAGAAACAAAACAGGGGAAUUUCUUUCCCCUUGGCGAUACAUACAUAUAUAUAUAUAUAUAUUCAAGAACUUGUUCUAUUCAUAAGUUUAGAGUUUUUCCAUGUAAUAGCAUCUUGUUUUCAUGGUUACUAUGUUGUUCUGUUAUUUCAAGCUUCA